UGCUUGCACAGGCAUCUGACUGCAUGGUAUGACCUAGUUUUAUCCAAGCGACUGCUCAUGGGGAAGAUUAAGGCCAUGUCUGACUGGAAGCUGAUGCUGAAGGUGUGGGGAGCCUGGCGGCUGCAUGCCAGACGUCAGAAGCUAGAGAUGGAGACAGAAAUCCAUGAGAGAAAUGUCAUUGAUACUGAGAGAAAAAGAUUAACAGCAGAGAGACACUACACCCAUGCUGUUCUAAAACGCUGCUUCCUUGCCUGGCACCAGUUCAUUACUGAGAUGAUAGAGAGAAAAGAAUUGGAGAAAGAGCAAGAGAGAACAAAAAGUAAAAUAAUGUCCCUCUUGAAUGCUGUGGCCAGUGGGAGAAUGAGCAAUGAGGACCACAGAACAGAAGAUGGCCAGUAUUCCCAAUUCUCAUCCCCCUUGACAAUCGCACACAACGCUCGUUCACACAACAACACACACAAAGACUGUUGCAGCACAGUGACAAAACGACACCUGAAAAUGAUUGAGACUGACAGUAAUAUGCAGCAGAAGUACACAGAUGCUGAAAUUAGGAAAAAAUUUGGCACACAGCCAUGGAUGAACCGACAUUUUGUGGUCAACAACUUUGAGAAUCGCUAUACAGCUCAACAGCAGACACUGAGAGAACAGCAAAGUCAGAUCAGGGAGCAGAGACAGUUGAUAGAAGAGCUGCAGUAUCAUCAAAGACAGCAAACUUUGCGGCAGCAGCUGUCACAGAUUUCAGAUCUGCACUUACCUGCACCAUCAGCGGAAGUUGAAGAGCAGAGUUCAGCAAUCACAUCCAGCCAUGCAUCAUGUGCAGUUGUAAGAGUGAACAACACAAAAUAUUUGAAAGUGCUCAAAAAUGUAGAGGACAGAGCAGCCAAGAGAGCAAAACUGAAGGCUGAAAGAGAGGAACGGAAGAGAAAACAAGAAGAGGACAAACUGGCUCAGCUGCAAAAGAUUGAGGAGGAGACUCAGAAAACACUGGAGGCAGAGAGGAAGGCCAAAAUUGAGGAUUACAGGCAGAGAAAACGUCUGGAGAAACAGAAGGAAGAAGAGAAGAGAAAAGAGUUGGCAAAGUUGGAGGAAAUGAACAAACUGGCAGAUGAGCACUACAAACGAUCGUUGAUGAAAUACCGGGGACUACUUCCUUUCAAAAAGAUUAUCUCCCUGAGCAAGAAACAGUGGGUCAUGGCUAUCAAGCAUCGAGACAGAGAAGUUGUCAGACAGUGUAUUCAGGCCUGGAGACUGUUUGCCGAUGAGGAAAUUAACCGGAAGCAAAGUAUGGCAGACCAAAUGUCCCAAGUUUUGGUGAUUAAACAUACCUUUCAAAAGUGGAAAAAUUACAAGCACCACAUGAAGUUCCUGAAUCAGAGGGCAGCCAGGCAUUAUGAUAGCCACCUCAAGUCUCAGUGUUUCUCAGCCUGGGUGGAAUGGAAGACUACAGAGAGGGAAGACACACAACAAAAGCUAGAAGCUGCAGACUCACAUUUUCUCAAAACUCUAACCAGGAAGACCUUUUUGUCGUGGAGAGAUCUCCCGGAGAAGCUCAGGCGAGAGCAGGAACGAGAGAAAAGAAGGAUGGAAUUGAGACAGAAAGUUGCAGAACUCAUUCCUGAUUUUUCACCACAAAUGCCCAAUGUUGUUACAGAGUCCGGAGAACUGAGCUGA